AUGAUCAGAAGUAGAUCCAAAAGUCCAAGACGCCCAUCUCCAUCUUCCCGGGGUGCAAACUGUGAUGUCGAGCUUUUGAAGACAACAAGAGAUCGUGAAGAACUUAAAUGCAUGCUGGAAAAAUAUGAGCGUCAUUUGGCAGAAAUUCAGGGUAAUGUCAAGGUUCUUACAUCUGAGAGAGACAAGACCUUUCUUCUUUAUGAACAGGUUGAACUUAUUUGCCAGCAAAAUAAUAUAAUAGUAUUGGAAGAUACAAUAAAAAGACUUAGAUCUUUGAGGUCUCUUGAGAAGUUGUCACUCUUGUAUUUUAUUUCCUUAAGGAUAUUAGCACAGUUAUUCUUAAGUUCUGUUUCUAAUAACACCAUUACCUUGAACCUAGAUGGUUCUGUUUUCAUUAGGUGUUCCCCACUUUUAUAUGAAAACACAGAAAAAGAUCUUUCUGAUACUCAGCGACACCUUGCUAAGAAAAAAUAUGAGCUGCAACUUACUCAGGAGAAAAUUAUGUGUUUGGAUGAAAAAAUUGAUAAUUUUACAAGGCAGAGUAUUGCCCAGCGAGAAGAAAUCAGCAUUCUUGGUGCAACACUCAAUGAUCUGGCUAAAGAAAAGGAAUGCCUGCAAGCGUGUUUGGAUAAAAAAUCUGAGAAUAUUGCUUCCCUUGGAGAGAGUUUGGCAAUGAAAGAAAAGACCAUUUCAGGCAUGAAGAAUAUCAUUGCUGAGAUGGAACAGGCAUCCAGACAGUCUACUGAAGCCCUAAUUAUGUGUGAACAAGACAUUUCCAGAAUGCGUCGGCAAUUGGAUGAAACCAAUGAUGAACUGACUCAAAUUGCCAGGGAAAGAGAUAUCUUGGCUCAUGAGAAUGACAAUCUCCAAGAACAGUUUUCUAAAACUAAACAAGAAAACCAGGUAUUGUCCAAGAAAUUGAAUGAUACUCAUAAUGAACUAAAUGACAUAAAACAGAAGGUACAAGAUACUAAUUUGGAGGUUAACAAGCUGAAGAAUAUAUUGAAGUCUGAAGAAUCUGAGAACCGGCAAAUGAUGGAACAACUUCGAAAAGCCAACGAAGAUGCUGAAAACUGGGAAAAUAAGGCCCGCCAAGUGGAGGCAGAUAAUAAUACCCUCAAACUGGAACUGAUCACUGCAGAGGCAGAGGGUAACAGGUUAAAAGAAAAAGUAGAUUCUCUCAAUAGAGAGGUUGAGCAACACUUAAAUGCAGAAAGGUCUUACAAGUCCCAGAUUGCUACUUUACAUAAAUCCGUUGUAAAGAUGGAAGAGGAGCUUCAGAAGGUCCAGUUUGAAAAAGUGUCCGCCCUUGCAGAUUUGUCUUCCACAAGGGAGCUCUGUAUUAAACUUGAUUCAAGCAAAGAACUUCUUAAUCGGCAGCUGGUUGCUAAAGAUCAAGAAAUCGAAAUGUCUAUUGAUGUGAUAGAUUAUACUGAUUGA